AUGUCCGACUCCACGACAUCGAGCCCCGCUCCGGCGAGCGAUGCAGGGGAUAUGGACUUCGAGCCACCCGCCAGCUUCACCGAUACCUAUUUCUUUCCAGCCUUCGCUCAGCUGCAGUCAGAAUACCACCUCGGCCAGCCCAUCUAUGAGGAGGGGGAGACGUGGUGCCUUCUCGCCGAGAUUGAUGCCGCGUCUACAUCGGCUGGUAAUCCGUUCUGUCUAGUCUGCCAUGAUCGCAACGGAGACAAUUUCAUCAUUGGAUUUGACCUCAGCAAAGGUCUUCGCUUCACGCCGAGUCAGUUCAAGGUUGGAUACACCAUCGCGGUGGUGUAUGCAAAGAGGGUCAACUUUGUGGAUGGCACGAAGGGUGUCCGGGUUGCGGAUUUAAAGACUUGCCAUGAGUGUAUGAAAGCUGGAAAGGAUCGCAAGAAGCAUAAUGACGACUGCAAUGCACUCAAAGAUCCGAAUAUGGAAGCCCUUCUGCGCAUUAACACAAGGGACGCUAUGGAAGAUACUCCGUUCGAAUUUCCUGGUUAG